UCUCCGGAGCGAUGGUUGAACGUUCGGGUUAGGGAGCGAAAGCGAGUGAAGUGAGAAUCCUCCGGAGUCUCUCUCUGACCCUAACUUCACUGGAGUGGCGUGAUAUUUUAUCAGUGCGAUAACCUAGUUAGUUUCACCCGGGCUUUCCGGCUUUUUCUGCGUGUUCCCCAUCUGACCGAGAGGAGGGUGGACUGAAACGGCAAAGGUUUUAGCGGAGUGAGUGGAGAGGGACUCUAGGUUAACACGACCCAAACUCAUGACCACUCUUACUUUGCUUAGUUAUAUCCACGAGAUAAAACUGGUGAAGCGCUGUAAAUAUUCUGCAUAUAUAACAACUGACUAACCUGAACGUAUCAGACUAGAAACGUUAGCGUUAGCUAGCUACUUAGCCGGCUAGUUAGCUAAAAACAGAAACCCGAUGAACGAGGUAGCCCAUAUUUAUCUGCACUCGGAUAAACACGUUCAACUCACCAACCUCCAGUGCCAGUCGCGUUUAUUUACUAAUGUUAGGUAGAUGUUUUUAUUGCCAUUUAGCUUAGCGAGCAGGUUAACCUAACUGGCUAACUUAAGAGUAUCAGCCAUGCAGUAAGAUGAGAUAAUGUGAGCUACUCGGGUGGUUGUAAGCUGGCUGCCAUGGAAGUAAUUAUGGACGAAGUUUUUCUGCCGAGGAACCCUAAAUAAGACUGCUGAGUUGAAACGUCCUGGCGACAUAACCUACCUGGAUGGACUUUGCUAGCCAGUCUAAAUCCUAUCAAUGGUGUCAACAUCAUCCUCCAUGUGUUUGGAUCAGUGGUCUUCUGUCCUGCGCCCCCUAGCGACAAAACGGCGAAUAAAGAACGCCUGCACUAUUUUAGGCUUCAGGACGAGGGGGAUAACCUCCAAUGACUUCGGUACACUACUAGGAGAAAAUCUCAAGAUUCUUAAAAAUAUCAUUCUCCAGGAUGGUAUACAUUUCACCAAGGUGUGGACAAAAUCUUCCAAGUCCCUCAUCUCUUAUGAAAGUGGAAGGAUAUACUUUGAGAAUUACAGGAACUGCUACAGCAGCCUAACACCUGAGCCGCAGCUCUUGUAUGAGUUACCAAGGCAGUCCAAAGCUGAAAAGAUUGAGGACUCCUUAUUAUGCCAGUGUCCUCUUCAUAAGGUGCUCCCACAUGCCUCAGAGCAGAAGCCCUGUCUGCUGGCCUUAACGGCCAAUAACUGGCUGUAUCGCCUCUCAGCAGACACAGGAGAAACGCUACAAAGAGUCUACCUCUCACCUCAUUUCAGAUUCAGAUCUCUGGACUGGGAUAUUCCACAGGAAACAUUUUAUAUCAAGUCCAUUCAGCACAAACAGACACAAUUAGCACGACAGGCUGGUGUUGAUAAUAAUGUCUUCAUGCAUUUAGCCAUAUUCAGAGUAUUUCCUCUUGAUGUUGUAGGACUGUUGGAGAUCAGCAAAAAAGUCUUUGGGAAAUCUGUGGUUGAUGUGCUGCUGUCUCAAGGAGUUUUGGCAGUGUCGCACAGCACCAAAUGUGUAAAGCUUUACAACUUUGAAUAUAUUGUGAAGCAGUUCAGAACUAAGGAGCUGUUUUUGGGACAACAGUGUGAUUUGUAUGAUGCAAGAGGAAUAGUGGGAAAUGCACCAUAUGGCAUUCCAGUGAACAUUCAGAUCAAAGAGUGUCCUCCUGUACUGUUCGAGAUGUCAUACUUUGAUAACGGGAUCCAGAUUGGAGGCCAUCCAUGGCACUACAUCUACACACCUAACCAUAAGAGGGACAGAGGAACUCAUCACAUUUGCUCAAUCAGAGAUGGUGCCCUGGCAAAGAAUGGCAUACAAGACAUGAAGUGUGACUCGCUAGAGGCAGAUUGGAUCUUCUUCCACCCAGAUGACUCGGGCAGGAUCAUCCAUGCUGGGCCCAGCACCAUAAAUGUUCUGAGGAUUAGAGAAGAAACAGGAUUCAACUCGCACUAUGAGGUGGUCCGUGAGUUCUCUAUCACUACAUCUCGAGACAGCAAGGCCUCCUCCCAAGUGAUGGUGACCUCCUCUGGCCGUACCGUGAAGAGGAGAUUUCAGCACCUGGAUGAUGAUCCUGAACAAGAGACAUUUAAAAUGGCUAAGUAUGAGGAUGAGCUGGAUCUCUUGGCUAUUGUGGAUGUUAGUCCCACAGAGGAGGAUGUGGGACAGGCCAGCGUUCGACUCCAUGAUAACAAAAGUGGAGUGUUAAUGAAGAGAAUUGCCCUUGAGGAACCAUGGGAUGUGACCUAUAGUCAUGAAGUCUACUUUGACAGAGACACAAUCAUCCACAUUGAACAACAGAGAAACAACAACUUUAGCUGCCAUGUUUACAAGAUGAACCGAACGAAGAACUUAAGAUGACACUGCCAAAUAUGUAUCUGGACUUUUAAUGUACUUACAUUUCAGCUGGAAAACAGUUUGUAAUACGAUGUUGAAAGUGAAUAGUGAUGGUUUGUCAGUUUUUACCGUGUUUAAAAGACCGGAGUUUCGAUGUCUGUUUAACACGGGGGGACAGAAUGAAAGUAUGGUUUCUGUUGGUGUGAAAGUGGGCUGGUAGUGUCUUUUCCUCUUUAAAUCUCGACUGGUUCUCAGUGACGUCAGAUUUUCUGUGGCGAACACAAUAAAAGACCAGCGUGUAGUCUGCAGCUACUACACUAAAAAA